CCGACCGCUGCCCACUGCGCGCGUCGGCACCCAGCGCAUCUCGGCCAGGCGCCGCCGUCCCACGCGCCCAGGAGUGUGCCACGUGCGCCGCCCGCCCCCAGGAAGCACGCCCCUCGGCCCGCACAGCGCCAGGCGCCCCUCGCCCACCCACUCCGUUCCGCUUUUUCUGCAAACGUUAUUUUUGGUGGUGGGGCAGUGGUUGCCCGCUAAGAGUCGGACGCAGGGACAACGGUCACCCGCUCCUGCCCCCGUUCCGUUACUCUCAGGGGCACAGGGUCCUGGGCGCCGCGGGGACCAGGCGCGUCCUGCCGCGGCCGCCGGGGAUUGGCUGCCGGCAAGCCCCGCCCCGCGGGCUCCCGGGAGGCGGAGCGCGGAGGGAGAAGGCGCGAAGGCUGGGCGUGGCGACCGCAGGUGGACGCGAGACGAGGAAAUCCUGUUGGAAAGCAACUGCAGCAUGUCCUGUAACAGCAGUGACUCUGAACCCUCUGCUAAACCGGCUGGGAAGAAUGGAGUAUUGGAGGAGAAGAAAUCUCCAGGAUUCAAGAAAAGAGAGACAGAGGUGUAUGUUGGCAAUCUUCCGCUGGAUGUUUCUAAGGAGGAAAUUCUGUACCUUCUAAAGGACUUCAGCCCUCUUUAUGUCCACAAAAUCCAGAAUGGCUGCAAAUGCUUUGCAUUUGUAGAUCUGGGCUCCAUGCAGAAAGUGACACUUGCAAUCCAGGAGCUGAAUGGCAAACUCUUCCACAAGCGAAAACUGUUCGUGAAUACAAGCAAAAGGCCCCCCAAGAGGACCCCCGAUGUGAUCCAGCAGCCCCGGGCACCCCUGGUUUCAGAGAAGGCUUCUGGCGAAGGAUUUGGCAAAACCGCCGCUAUUACACAGCUCGCUCCUAAAGCUCCUGCUGACCUGUGUGAGACAGAGAAACUGAGGGCAGCCUUCUUUGCAGUCCCCUUGGAAAUGAGAGGGUCCUUCCUGGUGCUGCUCCUGAGGGAAUGCUUCCGAGACCUGAGCUGGCUGGCGCUGAUCCACAGCAUUCGUGGGGAGGCGGGGCUGCUGGUGACUAGUAUCAUCCCAAAGACCCCGUUUUUCUGGGCCAUGCACAUCACUGAGGCUCUGCACCAGAACAUGCAGGCGCUGUUCAGCACCCUGGCUCAGGCAGAGGAGCAGCAGCCCUACCUGAAGGAGUCCGCCGUGCAGCGUGGGACCCGAUGUCUGGCAGAGUACCACCUGGGGGAUUAUGGAUGUGCCUGGAACAGGUGUUGGGUGCUGGACAGGGUGGACACCUGGGCUGUGGUCAUGUUCAUUGAUUUUGGGCAGUUGGCCACCAUCCCUGUGCAGUCACUGCGCAGCCUGGACAGCGAUGACUUCUGGACCAUCCCACCCUUGACUCAGCCAUUCAUGCUGGAGAAAGACAUUUUGAGUUCGUAUGAGGUUGUCCAUCGAAUCCUCAAAGGGAAAAUCACUGGUGCUUUGAACUCGGAGUCGCACAUCCUAAAGUUUGAAGAGUCUAAAUAAUGGGGCUCCCCUCAGCAUGUUCCCUCUCCUGUGUGCCACGGAUCCAGAGGCUGCCUGCCCUGCCCUCUUUUGCCCCUUUAACCCUUGAGGCCUGGGAGGUGAAAAAGGCCAGACUGUGCCCAGGAUUGAUUUCCAUUUUGCUUUUACUCCCAGCUCACCUCUCAAAAGAGAGUGAAGUCCCAUUUGUCAUGUGUCUUCAGUUCCCCAACUUGGCAUGGACAUUUGAACCCAACUUAGGAAGCUGCCAUUAGGUUGAAAGCCUGAGGCAGCUGGGAUGUUCUUUCCUGUGUCUCUUCUCUGCACCCCAGAGCAUGAUAUAGGCGGUCCUAACAGAUUCUGGAUAAUGGAGAAGCCCUGUGCUAGUUUUCCUGGCAUUCCAUGUAGAAUAGGUAGAGUAACAUUAACCAAUGAGCAAAUAAAUGUUGGCAUGUUUCAUGA